ACGUUCGCGCGUCACAUGACUGUCAGGAGGAAAAGCGAAGCAGGAAGAGAGUUUGAUUUCUCUUUGUUGUAAAUAUUUCAUUUUCAGAAAAAUACGGAGGAGCAGCGGUUUGCUCCGAACAUACAUGGAUCUAAAUCACCUUAAUCCUGUUUCUGCGUGUUGACGGUUUACUUUCAUGGUGCUGAAACCAAAGAAGAAGAAGACCAAAACAACCCUCGCUUAAAAUUUGCUGUACUUGAGAUAAUCUGGAUUAUCCUCCGCGGGUCAGAGGUCACCAUGGGCUCUGCGGUGGAGAGGACGGACGAACACGUGAGGGAGUAUCUGAUCUAUCGUGGCUUCACCAGCACUCUGAAACAUCUGGACAACGACAUCAAAGCCGACAAGGAGAAGGGCUUCAGGGUGGAUAAAAUUAUCGACCAGCUGCAGCAGUUUGUCCAGAGCUUCGACCUCUCCGGUCUGAAGGAGUACUGGCUCUACCUGGACAGACGUCUGUUCAGCAGACUGGAGGACGUCUACAGAUCCACCGUCAACAAGCUGAGGAUCAGCCUGUACAGAUACUACGUCAUCAACACCGUGCAGAGAGGAAACCUGGAGAAGACUCAGGAGUUUUUCCAGAAACAGGCGUCGGAGCUGCAGGGUCAGGCUGAGUGGCGUGAUUGGUUCAUCCUGCCGUUUAUCCCCUCCCCCGAGCAGAACCCCGCCUUCUCUCAGUACUUCUCCCGCCAGUGGGCUGACACCUUCUUGGUUUCACUGCACAACUUCCUGUCGGUCCUCUUCCAGUGUAUGCCUCAGCCUGUCCUGCUGAGCUUCGAUGCUGAGGUCCAGAAGAUGACCGGCCUGAGUGAGGAGAACGAGCAGCUCCGUCAGCUGCUGUUUGCCCUGCAGACGGAGAGCCGGGACCACCGGGGCGGGGAACAGAUGGUCCACCACAAGCUGCCGACGUACGUCCAGAACAUGGACCGACUGGGCGACACUGAGCUGGACUUGGUGACGAGCCAGCGAGCUGUGAGCAGUGCCACCACCUCUACCAGGAACUUUUUCUCUACAUUCCUACCACAAGGCAGACGCACCUCAGGGAAACCACUGCAAGCCACCUCCGGGUCCUCACCAAGCCAGGCAGCAAUGGGCAGGAGGGACCCAUCGAGUAAUCAGCAUGUGAAAUCCAAAGAAGCAGGCCAAGCUAAGGAGGUGAAGCCAGCUUCCACCCAGUCAUCAACCAGUGAUCCUGUGGGCUCCCAGUCCCAGCUGUCUACGAACCAGUCAGCAAACCAGAAUUCAAGACACAAAAGAAUCCAGGAUCAUGAGAAGGAGAGGAAGGAGCUUUUCUCCAAACCACCACCACAGACACCAGAGAAAAAAGGGGAGCCGUGGGAGGUAGAACCUCCUGCUGAGUCCUCCAGCGAACCUCCUGAUUCCUUAAACAGCAGAAGCUGGGGAGCAGGAGUAGAGGAACAGCCUUUCAUCAAACUCAGCCAGGAGGAGUACGGAGAACACCACUCGUCCAUCAUGCACUGCAGGGUUGACUGUUCUGGUCGCCGCGUCGCUAGUUUGGAUGUUGACGGAGUCAUCAAGGUGUGGUCAUUCAACCCCAUCAUGCAGACCAAAGCCACCAUCAUGUCCAAAUCUCCUCUGCUGUCUCUGGAGUGGGCCACCAAACCAGACCGACUGUUGUUAUUAGGCAGCGGCGUUGGCACAGUGCGGCUCUACGAUACGGACGCCAAGAAGAAUCUCUAUGAGAUGAACAUCGACGAGGCUCAUCCACGUAUCUUGUCUUUAGCCUGCAGCCCCAGCGGUUCCUCAUUCGUCUGUUCAGCUGCAGCUCCCGGUCGAUCCGGAAGCGCCGAGUCUGCUCCUCGACUUCCCAUACCGGUGUCUGGUCAGCUGCUGCUAUGGGACACCAAGACUGUCAAACAGCAGCUCCAGUUCUCUUUGGAACCAGAACCAGUGGCCAUAAACUGCACGGCCUUCAAUCACAACGGAAACCUGCUGGUGACCGGAGCUGCUGACGGAGUCAUCCGCCUGUUUGAUAUGCAGCAGUAUGAGAGCGCGAUGAGCUGGAGAGCUCACGACGGGGAGGUUUACAGCGUGGAGUUCAGCUACGAUGAAAAUACCGUCUUCAGUAUCGGGGAAGAUGGCAAGUUUAUCCAGUGGAACAUCCAUCGCUGUGGGGUUAAGCAGUCAGAGCAGAUUUUACCUCAGGACGCCACCGGCCCCUUCGUCCUGUCGGGGUACAGCGGCUACAAACAGGUUCAAGUCCCUCGAGGUCGACUCUUCACCUUCGACUCUGAAGGUCAACACGUGCUGACCUGUUCCAGCUCCGGUGGACUCAUAUACAGACUGGCCAAUGGGGAGUCGGCUCUGGAGAGAGUGCUGUCGCUGGGCGGGCACAAAGCACCAGUGGUGACGGUGGACUGGUGCUCGGCGGUGGACUGCGGCACCUGCCUGACGGCCUCCAUGGACGGAAAGAUCAAACUGAGCACGCUCCUAGCGCAGAAGUCCUGAUGGAGGUCCUCAGAGUUUAAUCCUGUGCAGUUUAGAAGGAGAUGAAUGGAAGGCCUGAGGAAUGCAUCAUGAUACAAACUAACCUGUUUUUAAAUUCAAAUUAGGAUUAAAAUCUUACUGACGGUUCCACCGCAGAGCUCGUUUCUUUUGUUAAAGCUGUGUCUGUUGAUAUUUUCACUGCUCCGAAGUCUGACAGACUCUCAGCUCCAUCUCAAGGGUUUCAGUCGAAGGCGCCUGGACUUCUUUUAGCUUCUUGAAGUUUCAGGAAGUGAAGAAGUUUCUCCAGAACGUCUUAAAGAACCUAAACGAGUAGUCCAGUUGCCUUCAGCUCAAGGCCUUUAGACUGCCGUGAGCUGGAUGAGUGAGAAUACGGAUGAAUCGGAAUAACAGACUUCCAACUGGGAAAUCUCACAUCAAGUCUGAAAAACAUUUUGGAAAGUUUUUGUUACAGGAGCCGAGCAGGGUUUCUAUUUAACCCAAAAUAAGUAAGACUAAUAAUAGAAUAAAACAAAAAAGGGUAAUAAAGUCUAAAGAUAAUCACCUCAUCAAAGAGAACCUGAAAAUUUGUUUUAUAUGUUUUAUUCUGUAUUAUAUUUGAUUUUAUCAUCAUAGAUGUUUAGUGUACAGAGUCAGUUUAUUUCCAGUAAGUACAUUUCCAGUUUAGCUCUUUUAUAGUGUACUUUUUGAUUCUAUUAGAUUAUGUUUUUGGGUUUCAGGAUUAUUUUUAUAUGGAGGAUUUGUGAAAGACAUGAAGUACAAACACGCAUUAAAAAUGCCACUUUGAGACUCUGAAGGACUCACAGUCACAUCCAAAAAGCUAAUCCACACAGGCUCCAAAGUGUACAUACAGGCUCAAAUAUAUACAUGCACUCACUGAAAUCAUUCAGUACCUGCUGCUGAAGGCUCUGCAGUGAUUGUACAAAGGCUGCGUUCAAUCAUUCCAGCCUGGACAAGAAAUCACGAAAAUCCCCAAAUUAUCAUGAUGAGUGUUUUUAAAUGUCUGACCACAAAUAUAAAUAAAAUUGACAUUAAAGAUG